AUGCCGAGAACGCAACAUUUCACCGAGGAACGAAUACAAGAUCAUGAUGAAGUUUGCGUUGCAGAUCUACCAGCAAACAUACAUAUCCCACCUGCUGUGAGACUGCAACUGUACCAAGCCGAGAAAGACAAUCUUCUAGGACUAGUACACUUAUACUCGGCCACCGAAUCCACAAAGGACUCCUUCCUAGCAUCACAGUUAUUUGCCCGCGCGGCCUUCCUCAUACCAAACGAACCUUCCUACUUGCUCCACAGAGCAUUAGCUUUACUACGCCUCGGAGACGUGCUGCUAGCUCUACCAGUUGCCAUUGCUGCACGUGAAUUGGCGAAACAGCAAUUUCCAAAUCACGGCGGUGUCUUUCUCGGACGCAUCUUGGCCCAGAUAUAUCUAUGUCAUGCUGGCAAGAGGCUGAAGGCAAACAAGUUUCGAGAAGUGCUCGAUGCUAUUGAGAAGGCUUCUCAAGUGUCGCCAUUGUCGUUUGAUGCUUUGUGGAUGCGAGCUCAGUCGUAUAUUGCACUAGACGUGCGGGCACCAUGCAUCGAAACUCUCAGCCUCCUAAUCGCAAUGCGGCCAUCAAACCCAGAACUAUACGCCCAACGAGCCACGAUGCACAAGGCCAUGAACAAUCCAGUCUCAGCCUUUCAUGAUAUUUGCAGCUUGAUCAGUCUUUUCCCGCAACAUCCAGAUAUCAGGGAUUUACAGAUCUACAUGUCUGAGUCUAUCGUGGCUCUCAAGAAUCGUGCUUCUGCGUGUGAAAUACAGGACGAUUUGCCUGGUGCUAUUGCUGCAUUGUCGCUGAUAUUGGAAAUGGACGGAGGGGAUCGGAUGUCUUUGCUGAAACGCGGAAUACUGUACGCAAGAACGGGACUCGGAAACCAAGCUGUGAAUGAUUUGGGUCGCUUCUUAUCUGAUCCAACACGAGAUUCUACACGAGAUGCCGAAGCUAAACUGGAGCUGUCGAAAAUCUGUGUGUUUCGUGCUCAACAGUCUCUUCAGACCCAUGACAAGGGCACUGCAAUGCAAUUUUGUAACAAGGCCGUUGAAUUCGAUUCACACUACCCUGAUGCGCUGAGAUUACGAGCCGAACUAUUUCACGGUCGAAAAGAACUAGAACGAGCAAUCCAAGACAUGCGAGCAGCUCACAUCCUAAGCAACAAAACCGACAAGACAAUCAACGAAAGACUCGCGACAUUCUAUUCCGAGUCUGGAGACUACAAGCUCGCUCAUGGAGAUUUUUCGAAUGCUCUAGUCGAGUAUACUCUUGCCAUCGACAUUGAUCAGAAACAUGUGCAUGCGUUUUGGGGGAGAGCGAAAGCUAGUCUUGGGUUACAGGAUCCAGAGGCAGCCCGACGUGACGUUCAACAAGUACUAAUGCUUGAACCACGUCAUCCAGCAGCUGUCGCAGCGUCAAACGCAUUAAAUGAGCGAACGACACUUACACGUCCAUUCCCGACUCGCAAGCUAAACAAGCUGCAACCGGCACGCGAAUACCAGUUCCAACUUUCCCAAAACAACAUGAUUAUCGAACUAACCCUCCUAGCCCUCCUCAUACUCAUCCUAUACCUCUUAUCCCGCCGCACACCACGCACCAACAAUGCUAUUGUGCUCCUCGUCCUAGGCGAUCUAGGCCACUCGCCACGUAUGCAGCACCACGCACUCACGUUCGCGAAUCUUGGGUACCACGUCUAUUUCAUUGGAUAUGCCGGAUCGCUCCCAUCGCAGGAAAUAAUACACCAUGAUGAAAUCGAGUGUGUGUAUAUCCCGGCUCCUGUGCGUAUGCAGGAUGGGAUGAGUUUCAUCAUGUAUGUUCUUGUUGGUGUCAAGAGGGUGCUGGUGCAGGCGUGGGAUGUGUGGAGCGUGCUGAUGAGGGAGCCGGUGGGGAGUGCUGGGAUUGUGUUGGUGCAGAAUCCACCAGCACUGCCAACACUAGGAAUCAUAACUCUUAUAUCAUGGUACACGGCCUGUAAAUUCAUUAUCGACUGGCAUAAUUUCGGGUUUACGAUCAUGGCUAUGAGGUUGAGGAAGGGACAUGUGUACGAAAUGCUAUUCGCCAGAUUCGCUCACGGCCAUCUAACCGUAACGCGUGCAAUGAAGAACGUGCUUGUAAAAGACUGGAGAGUUAGCUCACCAAUCCACAUAUACUACGACCGCCCCCUACCCACCUUCCACCCUCUCACCACUUCCCAAAAAACCACAUUCAAAACCACCCACCUCAUCCCCCUCACAUCCCCACUCCUCAUCUCCUCCACGUCAUGGACGGAAGACGAAGAUUUCUCCCUCCUAUACAACGCGCUCGCCCUCUACGAAGCAUCGCCAGAUCCACUACCACACAUAACAGUAAUCAUAACAGGUAAAGGACCAUUACGUGCAUCCUUUGAAUCCAAAAUCGCAAUUCAGGAAUGGGAGAAGGUGGAAUUUAGAUUCGAGUGGUUGACGCGUGAAGAAUACCCAUUGUUGGUUGGAUGCGCUGAUGUGGGUGUGUGUUUGCAUACGAGUUCGAGCGGGUUGGAUUUGCCAAUGAAGGUAGUGGAUAUGUUUGGCAUGGGGGUGCCGGUUUGUGCUGUUGGGUAUGAGUGUUUGGAUGAACUAGUUAAACAUGAUGUGAAUGGGUUUGUGUUUACGAGUUCUGAGGAGCUGUUUGAGCGUAUCAAGGAACUCCUCUCAGGCUGGCCAAACAAGACACGGACACUAUCUCGCCUCACGAACGGCGUAAGCAUGACACGAACAGAGACAUGGGGCCAAGAAACUGACUCGCAGCAAGAAUUACAUGCAUUCAUCAAAACUGUAUCAUCAUAA